AUGUUUCAGCAAAUGAAGAGAAGAUUCGCUGGCUACCUUGUGAUCAUCCACCUUAUCCCUAAUAAAUCAUUUAUAGGAGAUAUGAAAACUUCGGCCUGGGUACACCUGUUGGUGAUGUCUGUCCGUCUAUCUAUCUCUUCAGCUGUAUUUCACGAAGAUAUGACAACUUGGUUUGAGAAUUACUACACUACUUUUAACAUAUAUCCAGCCGUUCAGAAAUGUUAUGAUGAUAUGGCUCUUCUGGUUAUGUCUGGUAUCAGAAACUUGUUUAGCAAUGUUAUACAUAAUUAUCCAGAACCCAUAACCACUGUUUAA